UUUGCACGCGCAUCGUGAAAAUGGCGUUGCGCUCGGUUGCUGCCAAAUUUUUUUAUACAUGCUAGAAAUUAUCAAAAUAAAGCCACAAUUAAGACGUGCUAAGUAAACUAACAAAGCCCGAGGCAGCGUGCGCGUGUGUGUGAGUGAAAAUAAGCUAGAAAAGCAGCGAGCGGGCGGCUUAAAAAACGCAUAAAAAAACAAAUAUAGAGCUAACGGGACAAGGAGUCUCAACAUCAUCGUCGCCAGCGCAGCAGCAGCAAGGUUGCUGGCGCUGCGCUUGUCAGCGGAGCACCCCACAAUAUAUGCUGGGACGCCAAGCAUGAGUGACAAUAACAACAGCAGCGACAACAGCAACAACAUGGCACAGCUGUACAGUUGAUCGAGCAAACAGGCGGCCCAACAACAACACAGCAACAAACAGUUGCCUUAGCAGUCAGCUCUGCAAUAAUAGUGUUCACUGUAGUUCAUAAAGCACAGCAUGAAUAGCAGCCAAACGGCCUCACAGGCAGCUGCUGCUGCCAGCAACAACAGCAAUCGCAUCACCUUCACCAGCCAAGCAUUACCCAAUGGCAGUCUUAUCUCAACCGCUCAGCUGCCGCAAACGACCACCAUAAAGACCAUAACAGCGGGCAUUGCUGGACAUGGUGUGCCGGCUCUGCAUCACCAGCAGCAGCAGCAACAUCAACAACAAACGCAAUCAGUAGGUGCCAGCCAAACACAAACCUUAGUUAUUAAAUCCAAUCACCAUGCUGUUGUCACACUGCCGGCGGGUCUAGUUCAAAGUGCACCAGCAGCAGGAAUUGUAACCAUGACCAAGACCAUCAAUCAGGCCGGUCAGCCUUUAUUAAACUCAAUGCUGCCCGCGGGCGUUGUGGUUGGCAUGCGUCCGCAGGCGCCGACGCAGCAGCAACAGCAGCAGCAUCAACAACAACACCAGCCAAAGAAUAUGCCCGCCAAUCCGCUAAGUCGUGUGGUUAUAAGCAAUACGCAUAUGGGCGGUGUGAGGCCACAAAGUCCAGCGAUAACUUUAAGCACACUUAAUCCAGGACAAACGCCUGCAUUGUUACUGAAAACGGAUAAUGGAUUCCAGUUGUUGCGCAUGGGCACAACCACAACGACGGGUCCGCCGACUAUGACACAAACCAUAUCCAACACCAGCAACAACAAUACAAACAGCAACACGACAACAACAACCACAAAUCAUGCCACAACCACACAGAUACGACUGCAAACAGUGCCAGCUGCAGCUGUAAGUAGAUAUCAUGGCCAAUCAUCAACAUCACAACAGCAACAGCAGCAGCAGCAACUAACGCAGCAGCAACAACAACAACAGCAAACCUCACAAGCAACUACUGCCAGCACUAGCAUUACAGCACUACGCAAGACGAUUGUCCGUACAUCAUCCACAAUCCUUCCAUCCAACAGCAAUAACAAUAAUAAUAACAAUAACAGUAAUAAUCUCACCAACACCACCACAACCACUACUAGCAACAACAACAGCAGUAACUGUAAUAACAAACCCGCUACUAACCUGCAUCAGCAGAAGCUACAACUGCAACUGAAGCACCAACAACAACAGCAACAUAAACAGCAGCAACAGGCCUCAGUCAGCGCCGCAGCGGCAGCCGCAGCUGCUGCCGCCAAUGUGGCAGCCACAAUAAAGAUCAAGCAAAACUCACUGAGCAAUACAACCUCCAGCAAUAUCAUUGUCAACUCUGUGGCGAACAGCAAUGCGCACAGCUUUGGGGGAGCGCCCAACUUGACGCAACUUCAGGCGCCCCAUUUGCCACAGGUCACGCAAAUCCAAACGAUACCAGCACAGCAGCAACAACAGCAUACCAAUCAUAACAACAACAGUGUGGGAACAACAGCAGCAACGUCAGGCGCGACCAAUGCAGCAUCAGCAGCCACAUCAGCAACAACCGCUGCACAGGGCAAUACCAAAGAAAAGUGUCGCAAAUUUUUAGCAAAUUUAAUAGAAUUAUCGACACGUGAGCCCAAGCCGGUUGAGAAAAAUGUGCGCACCCUAAUUCAGGAGCUGGUCAAUGCGAAUGUGGAGCCCGAAGAGUUUUGCGAUCGCCUGGAGCGUCUGCUCAACGCCAGUCCACAGCCCUGCCUCAUUGGCUUUCUCAAAAAAAGUUUGCCAUUGCUGCGCCAGGCGCUCUACACCAAGGAGCUUAUUAUUGAGGGCAUUAAGCCACCGCCACAGCAUGUGUUGGGAUUGCCUGGAUUGCCGCAGCAGCUGCCGAAAAUUCAAGCGCAAAUCCGUCCGAUUGGUCUUAGCCAAACAACGACCAUUGGACAGACUCAGGUGCGCAUGAUAACGCCGCAUGCCCUAAACACGCCCAGGCCAACAAUUGGCCAUACGACGAUAUCAAAGCAGCCACCAGGCAUGCGUUUACCCACAGCACCACCACGUUUGGUCAACACCAGCACCAUACGUGGACAAAUGCCAUCGCUGCCGAUGCCCUCGCAAGCUAGCAUUGUGCAGAUACGCGGACCACACAACUCGCAGCUGCAGCGAGCGGGCAGCGCAGUUCAUAUACGGGCAGCAAGGCCGCCGAACAGUACGCCAACGAACAAAGUGACUGCCGUGAAGGUGGGACAGACGCAGAUAAAGCCUAUAACGCCCAGUUUGCAUCCGCCCUCGCUGGCGGCCAUAUCAUCCAAUAGCGGACCACCGCCAACGCCGACACUUUCGGUGCUUUCCACGAUCAACUCGGCGUCGAAUACAGCGUUGCCGGUGCCGUCGUUGCCGACAGUGCAUUUGCCGCCAGAGGCGUUGCGUGCACGGGAGCAGAUGCAGAAUUCGCUGCACCACAACCACAACAAUAACAAUCAUCACUUUGAGCCGAAACUGGUGGAGAUUAAGGCGCCGCAGCUGCCACAUAUAGAGCGGCUGAACGCUUCCCUGACGCCGAUUUCGCCAAAGACGAUACAGCGUCCCGUGAUGCCCAUGGCCAACAAGUCGGCGAGUAAGAAGAAGAAGGAUAUGCUCGAUAGGGACGACAAGAUGAACACUAGCAGUGGUGGUGGCAACACAGGCUCUGCGGUCUCAGCAGCGGCGGCCGCGGCAGCAAAUUCAUUUUUCCAACAAAGCUCCAUGUCGUCGUCCAUGUAUGGUGAUGAUGAUAUCAAUGACGUGGCCGCCAUGGGUGGCGUCAAUCUGGCCGAGGAAUCGCAGCGCAUUCUCGGCUGCACCGAGAACAUCGGCACGCAAAUUCGCUCCUGCAAGGACGAAGUGUUUCUCAAUCUGCCAGCGCUACAGGCGCGAAUACGCGCCAUUACCACAGAGCGUGGGCUCGAAGAGCCCUCACAGGAUGUGGCUGUGCUCAUAUCGCACGCGUGCCAGGAGCGGCUUAAAAACAUUGUUGAGAAGUUGGCUGUGAUAGCGGAGCACCGCAUUGAUGUCAUCAAGUUGGAUCCACGCUAUGAGCAGGCGAAGGAUGUGCGCGGUCAAAUCAAGUUUCUGGAGGAGCUCGAUAAGGCGGAGCAGAAGCGCCACGAGGAGCUCGAACGUGAAAUGCUGUUGCGUGCGGCCAAGUCAAGAACGCGUGUGGAAGAUCCCGAACAAGCCAAAAUGAAGGCGAGAGCAAAAGAAAUGCAGCGCGCUGAAAUGGAGGAGCUGCGUCAGCGGGAUGCCAAUCUGACGGCGCUGCAGGCAAUUGGACCAAGAAAAAAACUCAAACUUGAUAGCGAUGCAGGCGGCAUGGGUGUGGGUGCCAGUGGUGGCGGCGGUUUGCUCAGUGGCAGUGGUACGACAACAACAACGUUACGACCGCGCAUUAAGCGUGUUAAUCUGCGCGAUAUGCUAUUCUAUAUGGAGCAGGAGCGCGAGUUCUGUCGCAGUUCGAUGUUAUUCAAUACUUACCUCAAGUGAUUGCUGCUGGCGCCAAUUGUUGUUCAACACAUUCGCAUGAUGCUUCAUCUAUAUGCAAUACAUACAACCACACACACACACACACACAUAUAUACACAGCUGUCUCGCUGUUGAGUAAUGCCUAACGUCUUCGUAUGUUGUUUAUGCUUUUCUUUAUUCUAUACACCUUUUUUUUAGUUAGGCAACUCUUGCUUAAAGGUUAACUAGCAACAAAUUGUAAUUAAAAUGUUUUACUUUAAUUGGUAACUUUUUUAACUCGUUUUGCAAAUCAAUUCAGCCUGCAGCACUUAAACCAAACCAAACCCAAAUAACAAAAGUUGCAACAAACACAAGAAACAAUCAAAUGAACUCAGAACGUGCAGUCAGCGUUAACAUUUAACAUUUUUGGUUUAUAUUAUAUUUUAUUUUUUUUUUUAUACAAACAAACAAACAAACAUAAAUAUUUGCAUUAAUUGCAUUGACGGCCUUAUCUAAAUGAUAUAAUGUAUGUAUAGACGCAUACAUUAAUAUAAAUAGUAAUAUGUAUGUUUAAAUUAUGUAGCUUAGUUUGUUAAACGAAACACAUAGGUUUAGGCUUUAAGUUCAGGCAUAUAUAAAUAUAUAUAUAUUUAGAUAUUAAGCGUAAGCAUGCGGCAUUCAACAAGCAGCGGUUGCAACUGGUUUUUAAAACGGCAACAACAAAUAACAACAACAAAUCUUCAUAAACAUAAACGAGCAUUAUUAUUGCAUAUACAUUUUACAACUAACUGUAGUUGUUUAAACAAUUUUGAUGUAUUUUUAAUUAGCUUAUGUAUAAACAACAACAAAAAAAAACAAGCAUAAUUAACUACAAAAUUUAAAAUUAGAGCAAAACAAACUUCAAAUUACUUGUGUAUAAAGCGUAGGCUCUAAGUGAUGUCUAUAGUUUGUAAUUAGGUAAACGCAGCGUAAUUAACAAAUUACUAACAGCAACAUCAAAAUGAUCCGUAGGCACGCAAAUCAAGUGUUCAUUUUUAAAUACUUUUAAUUAAAAAAGUCGCAAUGGUUUAUUAUGAAAUGUAUGUGCUUCGUACAGCGAACGCAAUUCAGUUGAGAAUUGCGUUGCUCCUACCAAACACAGAUACACACACACAAAGGAUUUGUGCACCCAUUACAACAAAAUAGUUAAA